AUGGUCGCUCGAGGGCUACCUCAGCCGGCUCCGGAACUGUGCCACUUGUUUGAGGACAGUCAGGCAGCAAGGGUGCGCACUGGCCACUUUGUCCACGAUACUUACCGGACUACGGCAUCGCUUCAGGUUGCACACGAGGUCAUUUACAAUGCGGUCGACAAGAUCAUGGUUGCGAGGGGUAUGACGUUCCUCCCGAUCAACUACCUCGAGACUUAUCUGCACAUGCCUCAAGCCCUCAGCAACCUGUUCGCCCAAGCGCGUUGUUUGCAGCACCGUAGUGCCUCUGGUGACCAGUCGUGGUUUGCUCUCGUUCAAGUGGAACGCCUCGAUUGUUUGCAGCACUAA